AUGGCAGGGCGUAGCAACAAAUCUACCAAUCAAACAGCGUCAUCGAACGAUGCCAUCCGAUUAUUCGGAAAAUUUAUUGUUUUCAAUCUUGUAUCACCUUAUAGAUUGAAUCGUAUACCCAAAUAUUCUGACGAACAGCCAUCUCGAGAAUAUUUUAGAGAAUUUGUCAAUCCGUUUUCAGUGGAUAUAAUCUCACUGGAUAAAAUACCAGUAAUCAAGAAUUGCUCAACAUGUCCGAGAGUCUAUUUCCCUAUAUGCGGUGAUGACAACAAGACUUACACAAAUGAAUGCCGUUUAAACUGCGUCAACAAAUUCUAUACAAAUAGGACACGCGAGGUUAAAAAAGUGCGAUCGGGACCGUUAUCGACGUUUUUACUAUGCAUUUCGAUUGUAACCAGUAAACCACAACGUUAUGCAUCACCUUUUGAAAUUCAAGACUAUUAUAUGGCAAACAUAACCGAUCCUUUACCAGCAUUGGAGAAAAUAACUAAUUGUCGAUGUCCCAGGAUAUAUAUUCCUGUAUGCGGCACAGACAAUAGAACGUACACGAAUAUAUGUUGGAUGAAUUGCAAGAAUGAGAAGAAUGAGAAAAAAAGAAAAGCUGUUACAGUUUUUUAUAUGGGCAUAUGUUUAAACUUCUUAGAUGCAUUUGAUUGUCCGAAAGGACAUGUUGUGUGUUAUAUUCGUCUUUUAUUUCCGCUGUCGUGCUUCUUUUCAUUGCUGUAA